GAAUGAGAUAGAUGUUAUGAACAACACUCAAUCAACUGAUUUUACCUUGGUUGUCGACUUAGGCACCUUACCUAUGCAGACGACUUUAGGUGAAGUUGGUGAAUCAAGUGUGGUUGCUAGGAGGAAUGUUGAUCCUAAUAUAAACGAUGACGAUUUCAUUAACGAUGAAAAUGACGAUGAUGAUACGUACUUUUCAGAUGAAGAAAUAAAUAAUGAAAACUAUGACAGUGAUGAUGAUGUUGUACAUGUAUAUUGUUCUAGUGAUGAAUCUGAUUGAUGAUGGCAGAAGUCGCGAGGGGACACGGGGGAGACGGUGAGGAUAGACCUCCACACGGGAAUGCACGCGGUGUACCAUCGGAUUGCCAAUCUUCGCAAGCGAAGAAUGUGAAUGUGUGUGGCAAAGGGAGAAACUUAAAUUUGUACGAUGAGUAUGAAAAAAACAAGUGUAAGCCUUUGGAAUUGCUAAUUGAUAUCUCCGGGCGGACGUAUCGAGUUAUAGGGGACAACGGGCAACUGUUUGUCAGACUGAUCUCAAAUCUGGUGGGAUCAAAGGUACCGUUGCAUUAUCAUACUUGGCGUCGUGUUCCUGCCAAGUACAAAGUUGAUUUAUAUCCCGAGCUAGAGACUUAUUUUGAUAUUGAUAGGUAUCGGGGCACAAACUUGUGGGAACCCCUUCGAGCGGGUAUCCAAGCAGAUAUGCAAAGAGCUUAUCGAGAGCGCAAGUAUCAGAUGAAAAAACAUUUUGAUAGAGUUGGUGGAUAUCGUAAUGUGGAAAGGGCAAGAAGACGUCCACCGGAUGAUUGGACCGCCAAAGCUUGGAACGAUAUGAUUGAUUUGUUGUUUUUGACCGAGGAAUACAGACGCACGUCGGAAAAAAAAAAUAAAGUUACUAGGUCGAAACUUCCACACACAAGUGCUCACGGAUGUAGACCGUAUGCUCAACGACGUUAUUUAGAGGAACAAAUGGGAAUCAAGCCGCAACAUAUUGAGGGUUGGAGACAAAUGCGCUACAAAGAAGGUUCGGGUUGGUGUACAAGUCGAGCAAAAGAAGACUGGGAGAAAAUUCAAAAUGAAUAUGAGAAAAUGCAAAACGAGGUUGGAGAAGGAGGAGAAGUAAACGAGGAAGAAUGUUUAGAACGUGCCCUUGGGACGAGACGUGGACAUGCUCGCGGGGUGGGUAGGAGACCAACCGCCAACUUUGGUUUAAUUCCAAAUGAACGGCCUUCCACUUCCAAAUCGUCUCAAUCUCAAUCCCAAUUCGAUGCACAACAAAUGCAAGAAUAUUUGCAACAAUAUAAUGCAUCAUUGGCGGCUUGUAUUCCGAACUUCCAACCACCACCAUUUCCUAACUUUCUAUUCAACUAUAACACACAAACAAGUAGCUCUCAACAAUUUGCCGAAAGGAUGGAAGAAGAAGGAGAAGGAGAAGAAGAAGGAGAAGAAGAAGGAGAAGAAGAAGAAGGAGAAGACGAUUAUGAUAAUGAUGAUUGAUGUUUUUUUAGUAUUAUGAACAAUGUUAGUUAACUACUUAUUGUAAUAUUAAACUUGAAUUUGAUGUUUUGAAUUUGAACAAUGGUACCUAGUUAAUGUAUUUCAAUUGAUA